AUGACUUCGACAGACACGUGGUGGGGACUCCGAGGAUACCCGAAGUCUUGUGAACAAACGCUCGCUACUACGGAUACUAAAACAGUCGGCGCGAGACCGCGCUGCCAACACUAUCGUAUUGAAACGGGAGCCAGUAGGGUGGUAGCUGGGGGUGUGAUAGGCGGUACAGAGGGCCCAGGCGGCGGGUGCCGCAUAUCAUCAAUGACGAUGGCCGAGAGCGUCGUGGAGGACGCCGCGGCCGCGCCCCCGGGUCCAGCAAAGCCGCCACCUCCAUCAUGUACCAAUAAUAAUACGUUAGCAGCAACAGCGAAUCGAAAUCAUCGAGCUUUGCGUAAACGAAGACGCCUCAAUCAAGUGCUUAACGAUCUUCAAGCGCACAAAAAUCUUCCCAACGAGUGUGAAACUAGUUCGAACAGAUUUGAAUCGACAUCGCUGGUGUCCGAAGAGGAAGAGGAUGUAUUUGGAUCACCGAGAUCGUUAGAUAUUCCAAAUCAAUUUUCAUCAAAGAGCCUUAAAGACGAGCCAGCGGAGCUGCUCGAUGAUCUAGAGCCGUUGGAUAACUUGGAAUCACAGACGGAUGACAGAUUGACCACUGGUACAAAUUACAACAAGCAUCAUCUACCGAUAAGUCUUCAGAGGAAUAAUCAUCAUCGUGUACCACUCAAGUUUCCAGGAUGCAGUUGUAUUAACUGUUCAACGGCUAAUACAGUUAUGCUACCAUCACCGACAUCACCACAGACACCCAUGACACCUCUGAAUUUCACACCACUGACACCAGUCUCUCCUUUAUCGUAUAGCUUUGAGCAAUAUCUUCAUACAAAGUACCUGCCUGGACCUGACGAGAGAAAACGCAGUCAUUCGGAUUCCGAUGUUGGCUCAGGCUGGGAACAAAAAUCACUCUGGCCAAGAUCACGUACACCCGGUAGUGGAUCAUUGGAGAGUGACAAUACAACUAGUCCACAAGAAUCACCUCUUGAUCUUUCAAUGAAGAAUUCACAAGUUGAGAGGCCAGCGGCACUUCAGCUACUGCCUUCAGGAGUGACUGGUGUUGUCACCCGUGGAUCAGUUAGUGUACCAGUUGUGAGGGGUGAUGUUGCAUCACCAACGACUAAAGAGAGUGUUGCCUUCAGAUACAAUUUGGAAGUAUCACCAGUUGUCGAGGAGAUGCCUCCUGGUGCUGAUGUUGCAUAUGUGUGUCCUGUUUGUGGACAAAUGUUUAGUUUGCACGACAGGCUGGCUAAGCACAUGGCAUCGAGGCACAGGAGACAAGGACCAAGAGAUGCAUCAGCUAAGGCAUAUCGCUGUGACGUUUGCAAUCGGAGUUUCGCAAGAUCGGAUAUGUUGACGCGACACAUGAGACUACAUACGGGCAUCAAACCCUACACAUGUCGUGUUUGUGGACAGGUAUUCAGCAGAUCGGAUCAUCUGAGCACUCAUCAGAGAACUCAUACCGGUGAAAAGCCAUACAAGUGUCCCCAGUGUGUGUACGCAGCAUGCAGGAGGGAUAUGAUUACGAGGCAUCUAAGAACUCAUGCUAGAUAUGUCGAUGGCCACACUAAAUCAGAAUCAACUGAUCCAGAAAGUCCCACUUAUCCCGUUGACUCAAUGUCAAAUCUCAAAACUGAGUGAUUUUAAUGUUUCCAAUGUGUCAUUUAUCGAAUCCCUUGAUACAAUUUGCUCAUUUUUAUAUGAGUAUUAUAUACUGAUAAUCUCAAUCCUAUCGUGCCAACGUCGUUAUCGAUUACGCAAAUUCCAAAUUUAUCUUCGUUAUUUAUUGAGGAUUUGGAGUUAAUAAAACACCCGAAGACUGCCCCACCUGUGUUCGUCCUCGGCAGAUAGACGGCCAAACAGUAUUAUCACCAUGUAUCUUUCACCGGUUCACCGUUCACUAACUUUUAUCUUUUUAUUGUCGUCGCCAGUGCCGGAGAAUGUCAACAUUCAUUCCACACCAAUUGUAAUAUUUACUCAACAUAACAAUUUCCAUCUCUUUAGCCUAUCUUAGUGAUUCAUUUCCAUUCAUUAUCACUUGCCCGGUUAUUAUUUUUUUUCUCUCACGCAGGAAGUAAUGCCCUCUUAACUUAAGAUCUUAUCGCAAAUAGUGCCAAAUUAUUUCAUUAUUUCAUUAAUUUCGUUGACUUCCCUAAUAUUAUCUGUGAAUCUUUAUAGUAUGGAGACUGGAUUACUAAAAUGCGUGCGUUUUAAUCUGUUUAGAGGUCCGAAGGAAGGAAUUGACUAGCCGGUUAUUAGGAAUUCUGAAUCGAAGAUUAUUAGUAUUAUUGUAAUCACUCAUGUAGAGAAGAAAACUUAAUACGUUGAUUUAGCCACGUUUGUGCCUGCGAGAUUGAAUAUUUUUUUUUUUACAUUGCUAUGAACACGUGGAUGACAUAUUAGUCGUUAAGAAUGUGUGUUUGUUUGUUGUUUGUUUUCAUUAUUAAGUUUCUUUUAAGGUAUGAUUUUUGUCUGUUGCAUACGAAUCUUUCGUUUGUUGAGUUCACCUCGCGUUUGUGGAACAAUCAAGAGAUGCCCAAUUACUCAUGUAACAGCUGUCAACUCUCUGCGCGAGUUGCUAAUACUUUUGCGAGGAUUAUUUGAUAUUAAAUCAAAACCCGAGAUGUAUUUUUCAUAUUUUUGUUCAUCAAAAAAUAAUUCUUUUUUUUUUCUUUUCUUUUUUUAAAUUAUGGUGGAUUAAAGUGAAUAGCCAUUUUACUUGCCUACUAGAUUCAUCAUUAAAUUGUUGAACGUGUGCCGUCUGAAAAAUUUUAACUGAAAGGGGGAGCAUUACGUUUAUGUCUUCGGGCAGGGUAUAAAAAAUAUGUGCCAGACAAAACGAAAAUUUAUACAAAAAUAUAUACUUUUUGUAAGUAUAGUAUGAUUGUGCCUAUUGAGUUACUAGCCAUAUCCGAUGAUUUAUCAAUCACUUGAAGUACUCCCUUUGUUUAGUUAUUAAUUAACUAUCAUUAUUAUUAUUACUUCUCGAUUUAACUUGAAUAAGUUGUUAAGUAGUUUCUCAUGUUUAAAACUUCUGUUAUUUAUUUUGUUAUUCUCUCAUCUCUCCACUUCUCCUACUUAAUUAUUUUUUUUUUUACUGAGAACAAAUUGAAUUCAAAUAAAUUCAAGUAAAAAAAUGAACAAGGACAUUUUAUCGUUGAUACCUUGAGCUAUAUUAUUUAAUUCAAUGAUGAUUUUGUACCUUAAUUCGUAGAGAUUAUGUCGUAGCCUAGGGAUAUUUGAAAUUAUAUACGAUCCUCCAAUGAAUCUCGUCAUGUUCUUCUUUUUUUUUUCUAAUAUUAUUUUAUUUAUUGGUGACGAUGAGCGCGAGGAUUAAUUCUAGGUGUCAGUAAUGCGUAUGAGGCAUUAAUUACUCUCGUAUAUAACGAGCAGUAGGUGAAAGUCAAAUGAAUUUCGGGUGAUGAGAAACAGUUGUGCCUUGAAAAAAAAUAAAAGCGGAAAACAUUUUCGACAUAUCCAGGGGAGUUUGUAGGUAUUAAAGAUCAGAUUAAUGAAAAUGAUAAUGUGAUUGAUCUGAAUAGUUUCUCAAUUGAUGCAUCUAUUUUGUUUGUGGCCUGUUCAUCUCCAGAAUGAAAUAAAAAAUGAUUAUAUAUUGUUCAUGUGUAUAUGUAUAAAUAAAUAUAAUCAACAUCAGAGGGAAGAGAACUAUGAAAAUUUGCUCAUACCUUUUCAAUCGUCCGCUCUCUAUCACUUCACCCUCUCGAGAGUUGCUCGUAUAUAUAUACAACAUUGUUGGUGUAAUGUAUCCGCUCUCGGUUAAACAUAAGUACUGAAACAAGAGAACAAUUAUUUAUAUCAAUGAUAUUAUGAUGAUGAUAAUAAUAAUGGUAGUAAUAAUAAUAAUGAUGAU